CUUUCAGUGCGUUGUUGACAUUGUGUAAGAACGGAGCACGAACGCUUCCUUUUCAGUUGUACUUGCCCAUUUGACCAUUAUAAUCUGUUGAUUCAAGGGUAUUUGCUUCAGAUUCUAUCAAGAUGAGUCUUGUAGCAAAACUUUUUGGAAGCGGGAAGAAAAACAAGGCCCCGACGCCGCAGGAAGGCAUCCAGCGGUUGCGAGAUAUUGAAGAAAUGUUGACGAAAAAAUCCGAGUUCCUUGAGAAAAAAGUCGCAGCAGAAUUGGCACUUGCUAAAAAACAUGGUACCAAAAACAAAAGAGCUGCUCUGCAGGCUCUGAAGCGUAAGAAGCGUUAUGAGAAGCAGCUGCAGCAGAUUGAUGGGACACUGUCCACUAUAGAAUUCCAGCGGGAAGCGCUGGAAAAUGCAUCUACGAACACAGAGGUUCUCAAGGUUAUGGGCAUUGCAGCCCGAGCUCUUAAGGAGACACACAAUAAUCUAGAUGUUGAUAAAGUUCAUGACCUAAUGGAUGAAGUUGCUGAGCAACAGGAGAUUGCAAAUGAGAUAGGAGAAGCCAUUUCUAACCCAGUCAGCUUUGGCCAGGAUGUAGAUGAGGAUGAGUUGCUGGCAGAACUAGAGGAACUGGAGGAGGAAGAACUGAGCAGUGCGUUGCUGGACAUAAAAAGCGUCACUGACGAGCUUCCCUCUGUACCUAUUGCCGAGCCAUCCCGUCCUCAGCCACAGCCACGUGUUGCUCAGAAAGAGGAGGAUGAUGAUAUGAAAGAGCUGGCUGAGUGGGCUUCAUAAUCUUGUCAUUACCAGUCUGCUUCAUUGUGAAGGCUGGCAUAAAUGUACACGGAGAAUGGUGGAACAAAUUUGAAAGAACUGGCUAUUUCAUAUGUUUGUCAGACAUUUUCACUUUCUUCAGUGAAGAUAGGAAUGUGUACAGUAACUGAGUGACAAGUCAGCAGGACUGCAUAAAGCAUCAUACCAUCAUUACAAAUUUUGAGUGCAGGGGCUAAUGCAUCUAAUACAACUGCCAAUGAUGGCUGCAAAAGCAUUGAUUUUCAGGAAAAUUUUAUAUUUCACAGCAUCUUUUGGUGGUCUCCCUCUGUGGCUUGGAUUGUAAACAUUGUGAUGAAGUAAAGUUGUCACAAGCAUUGACAACCUGAUAUUUUAACUAGGCUUGCUUAAGUUUGUACUAAACUGUGCUUGAGGUUUUUUUUAUUUUUAUGGGUUGGUGGGUAGGUUGAUAUUGUUUGGCCCAGCCUAGCAUCUCCACUAAUUACUGGGUGAGGGCUGUGACUAAUCAGUGUAGGUCUUUUAAGUGGGGUUUGAUUUUGUGCAUGAAGCCAUGUUCUUUCAGUAAAAAUUUGGAUUUCAAAACAGAGUUAACUACUGGGCAGUGUCUGAUUACCAUUUUCCAGUGCUGCAGUCUAAAAGCGACAGACACAGUUUUUCCCCUCAAGUCUCUCUCUCUCUUCCCUCUACUCCCUCCACCCAGACAAAUGUAUGUGCUUCAUUUGUUUUACCUCUACUGUCUUAUUUUUGUGUUUCAAAGUACAUAUCUAAGCACACUUUCAGUAGUAAUAUAUUUAUAUCAUGAGUCAAAUUUAGGAGAUUAAAAAGAUUAAUUUUAUGUUUAAAAACCUCAGAAGCUAUAUACUGAGAUAGUUUGACUUAACAAUAAAAUGUUAACCAUGUAUGCCUGCUUACAGACAUUGAUCCUUAAUACCCAGCAGCACAAACAAGGUUUGUCAGAGGCAAGGUAAACACUGUUAAACUCAAGAAAACUCUGGUUCAGAAAAAAGACGGGUGACUAACCUUGUAAGUGGAAAAUUUGGGUCCACAGAGCAGCAAACUUCUAGAACAGUUAUGUUCUUUUGUUUUUGCUUGAACCUGUACUGUAUUUUAUUUCUUUUAAACAGCUAUUGAUUCAAAGAACAGAUUGCUGAGCAUGAAUCUACAGAUCAUUUUUAUUUGAAGACUGGUUUUUGUCAGUUGAAUGAAUUUGUUAUUGAUCUGUUGUAGCUUAAAUUAAUAAAUAGUCUGAUCCAGAACAUUUUUUUGUGAUGUCUAUAUCACAGACUUGAUUUCUAUUUCUUGGGGAAAAAUUGUGAGAGAAAAGGAGGUAACAACCUAAGGUACAGCUGGCCCAGGAUUUUAUUCAUUUUGUACAAAUGAGUGUGAUGGCCUUGUGGCUUUCAAGAAUUGUGGCAGCCAUAAAUUGUUUCAGCGUUUAAAAGUAUAAAAGCAACCAAGAAAUGUGAUCUUCAUAUCCCAAAGCUCAGUUGCUUGUUUUUAUCAGUUGGAAAGUUGUUUCUGGAAAUUAAGCUGGCAAGGCACAAGCCUGGUAUUAAGUACAGUGUUUCUGUGCACCCUUUUGGCUUUGUAUUGUCAGAAUACUUUUGGGACAUACUGUCUUGCAGUGCAGUGUCUUUUGUGACAGGCCUGAAAAGUCAGUGAUCUUGCUAAGUUUUUGCGUUGUUCUUAAAUCCUACACUUUUGGCAUGUGACAGGUGUUUUAUAUUUCUCUGAAAUGAAAAAAAAUUCCUCAGCUGUUAGGGUGUGAAGUACAUACAGUGUGUCAUAUUUGCUUUGAUGACUACAUAACAUGAAAUAAUUGAUAACAAGAUCACUGCUUACUAGACUUUAAUGUGGUAAAUUUCUAAGGCUUUUUUUUUUGUUCCUCAUUCUAGUAUUCAGUUUUUAAUCAUCUUUUUAUUCCUCCUCUCUUGUAUGUGGCAUUUUGUUAUAGAGAAAUGAAUGGUUAACUAGAAAAUCUUACUUUCACAUGGGGAAAACAUUUUCCAGUCUCAAAAAGCAACUGUCAAGAUUUCUAGUAUGUUGAAAAUGUAAUGUUAUAGAGAUUGUUGACAUUAAAAUGGAUAACUAUGCACUUUUUGGUGUUGCCAUUUUAUGAGUGUAUUUGGAACUCUGUUUUAGAGAAAAGAUGGUAUAUUUAUCAUAGGAUUGGCAUAUGAAAAUAAGAAGUAAACAUGAAAGUGCUUGUUUUUUCUGAUUCUCUAUUAAUAUUCCUGGAAAAUGUUACUUGCUAGUUUCAAACAAGCUAUCGUGGGUUAUAAGUGUGUAGGUUUAUGUUGGUUUGUUUCUUUUUUAAUUUCUUGCAUCUUAGUGCUGCACGUUUUCAAGCAUCACUUGCUAAUUUCCUGUGAUCAUCUGUUGUAUUAUUAUUAAUAGAAUCAGUACUGUCUUAUUUAAAUGCUGUAAAUAAAUUAUAAUACCCUUUGCAAAACAGA